AUGAGGCUGACCACUCCGCCACCCGAACAGACGGAGGAAAUCCAUGUCAUCCGACAAGCCGAGAUACUCAAAGCGUGGUAUUCAGCCUACGACAUCUGCAUUCAGCACCAAGAGGUAGCCGGUGGUGUCGCUAUCCGCUCCCUCCCCCAGCUUCAAGGCAAACUGACUCGCGUCGUCGGGCUAGAACUCCAGGGACCGUUCAUGCCACAGGACCUUCGCGAACUUGAGGCAAUCUACGCCGGAAUACACCUACAGCCGGAAGUCCAUUCAUGCGAAUAUGCAGAUUCUUCCGUAACACAGGUCCUCGCUGUCGCCGGGUACUUCUCCAGGGGGAGCCUGAGUGUGUACUGCAUGGACCUGGAGGAUUCGGAUGAGCAGCCUAUGGCCGAGAGUUCGAAAGAAACGACGACUGUGAGGGUUGGGGAGGUGACUUCGGAUGCUGACCGAAAACGAUUUAUCGCUGCUUCUAUCGCAGGGUUCGCAGAUGGAGGACGCUCCGAGGAGUUACUGAGCGCGUUGGCGCGUAUUGCAACCCUGAGAGCUGACACACGACUCUAUAUCGCAACGAACAACGCGGGGGAAGAUCAUUGGGACUGCAGCGUUGGCGGAUAUUUAUACUUGGACAGUACUGUACCAGAGUAUCGCGCCAUGGGCAUACAUGCCGCACUCAUUCAUGCGCGUUUGAGGGUCGCUAGAGACAUGGGCUUCUGGCUGGUGACGCUGAGUACAAGGCAGGGUAGCGGCAGCGCUAAAAACGCAGAAAAGGUUGGGGUUGAGAUGGCAUACCGAAAGGAGGUCUAUAUAAAGACAUGA